UAGAAAUCGGGGUAUAUAAAGCCCUUGAUCUCCGCUGAGUUUGUUCUUCAUCCAGAUCAACAAUCACAUCUUUCUAUCUUCACAUCCCACCUACGCUGAAAAUGCAGUUUACCAACAUCAUCCUCGCCCUGAUGGCCAGUUCUAUGGUCAUGGCUGCUCCUGCUCAAGACAGUGGCAGUAGUACUGAUAGUGCUGCUGUGUCUUGCCCUAGUGGAUGGAUUCAGUGUGGGGAAUGCAAUGGCACAUCGUGCAAAGUCGCAGGAACCAACCGAGCGGUGCUGGAGAUGGAGCUAUCUGUGGCUCGUCCGAUCUUUCUAUCGACAUGGACUGCCCUGGAGGAAGGAACUAAACGUGUUUAUCAACUCUAGGAGGGAGGAAUUAUGGAUGAUCGCAGAACUAUCAUUCCCACAAUGGUCUUCAUUUUGUGAUUACUUUUGUUGCAGUCGAAUGCCAUUUUAACCUUAUAUUAAGUAUAAACCAAGAAUAGUUUUGAUUUUCCUGCAUGGCACAAAUUGUGAUU